UUGAAUAAAAUGUAUAGUUUGUUGAUGUUUUUUUAACAAAAUCUUUACUUAAAUUAUGAUUUUUUAAUAUUGUUUUUUCUAACGAUAGUCACCUUUUAUAAUUUAUUUUCUCUAAAUACAAAUACAUUAAUUAAUGGAUACUUUCGAGUUUGGACUUUGGACCGCUUUAUUUUGUAUAUGUGUUCUUGUUGACUUUUAGCCGCCACGUGUACAGUGCGAAGAACGACCACCUGUACAUUUCGCCACCUCCUCUUUUCUUCCCGGCUUCUACUGUUCUACAUGACCAUUCCCUGCUAUUUCUGAUACCAAUAAUCAUGGAUUUUCUUCACAGACUCCUCAAUUUGAUUGCUCCUAUAGUAACCCUCAAUGCACUCUUCUUCCUCACUCCGCUUUAUUGCGUUUUCAAAGUUUUAUGCUAUAUCAAUCGUUCCAUUUCAAAGGAAGACGUCACCGGAAAAGUUGUAUUGAUCGUCGGAGCAUCUUCAGGAAUCGGUGAGCAUAUCGCAUAUGAGUACGCCAGAAGAGGAUCAUAUCUGGUCCUGGCUGCUAGAAGAGAGAAGAGCCUCCGUGAUGUUGCGGAAACCGCCAAGUUACUCGGUGCACCGGAAGCCAUCGCGAUUCCGACUGAUGUUUCCGAUAUUGAUGAUUGCAAGCGACUAAUCGACGAAACUAUCAAGCGUUUUGGACGAUUAAAUCAUCUGGUGAAUUGUGCUGGGGUGACACCAAUGUGCAUGGUAGAAGAGAUAACAGAUAUCACAAAUUUCACAUCAGUCAUGGAUACAAACUUCUGGGGUUACGUGUAUAUGACAUAUCUUUCAAUUCCAUACCUGAGAAAGACGAAAGGGAAAAUUAUAGUAAUCGCUUCAUCUGCUUCAUGGAUGCCUGCACCUCGAAUGAGCUUCUACAAUGCAAGCAAAGCGGCAGUUGUAAGCUUUUACGAGUCAUUAAGGCUUGAACUCGGUUCAGACGUCGGAAUCACAAUCGUGACUCCGGGGUUGACGGAAUCGGAAAUGAGUCAAGGCAAAAUCAUGAAUAAAGAUGGGGAGAUGAUAGUUGAUCAGGACAUGAGAGAUGCGGAGAUGAGUAUUAUGCCGAUUGAGUUGGCGACGGCGUCUGCCAUGGCUGUUGUAGAUGGUGGUUGCCGGGGAGAUGUGUACAUGUCGGAGCCGAAGUGGAUCCAGACGACGGCGUAUUGGGUGGCGCUUUUCCCGGAGAUGGUGGAGUGGGUGAAUCGAUGGUUUUUAUGGGUGAAGGUAGGGGCGUCGCCGCUGGAUGCACCUAGCAAGAAGCUGUUGGAUGUGCCGGGACUGAGGCGUCUGGCGCAGCCGGAUUCUGUCAGAUCGCCGGAGAUAAAGAAAGGAUAAUUGGUAAAAUCUAAUAUGUUGUGCGGAGGUAAGAAGUAAAAAAAUAAAAGCUCUAAAAUAUGUAUUUGUGUAGUAUCGUUGUAUAAUUAUAGAAGAGAAAAUGAUAGAAGCAAAGUAAAUUAUAAGGUAAAUUACAUUAUUUGUUGACGGUGAAUAUCUUCCUAUUCUAACAAAUGAAUAUGUUUAAUCUUUUA